UGGAGCACAGAGCAGGGAGCACUGAGCAGGGAGUACAGAGAGCAGGGAGGGUCUCUGCCCCCACCCCACCCCUGGGGACUCCACAUUUGGAUCAUCACCACCAUGAGGAGGUGGGCGAGGAAGAGGAGAAACCAACACUCCCAUACGCAGAUGAAGGACUUGAAGCUGUGCCAGUUGACGCGGAAAAUCACCAUGAUGAUCCGGGUGUGCAAAAUGUUCCGCCAAGGCCUGCGUGGCUUCCGAGAGUACCAGAUUAUGGAGGAAACACACUGCAAAGCUUCAGUCUUCACCACUUCCUCUAAGAAGCAGGGUCCACUGCUGUUCAACUACAAAGACUUCAAGAGUCAGAAGGGCCACUUCCCCCCCAGGGCCAUCGAGAUCACGAAGAAGAUCCCGGCUUGGAGGCAGGAGGCAGAACUCCGGAUGCUGUGCAACCUCCUGCAGGUGAUCGAGAGCUUCCGUACCUACAGCGAGCGGCUGCAGGAGCUGCUGGCCAAGGUCAUCCGCUUCGAGAGAUUUGGACGCCGACGGGUUAUCGUCAAGAAGGGGCACCCAGGCCACAGCUUCUACUUCAUCUACCGGGGGAAGGUGGCCGUGACGGACGAUGAGGACGGGAGCAGCGCUUUCCUGGACCUGCACCCCACCAUGCUGCACCAGGGGGCAUCCUUCGGGGAAGUGGCUCUGUUGAGCAGAGUGCUGCGGAUCGCCACCGUGGUCUGCAUGGAUGAGACGGAGCUGCUGGUCGUGGACAGGGAGGAUUUCUUCGCCAACCGGCUGGACGAGGAGCUCCAGGCCGAGUUCCAGCAGCGCUUCGACUUCUUCAGGAACAUGGAUCUGUUCCGCACCUGGCCCGAUGAGCUACUUCAGGCCCUCUCCCGCCAGUGCAAAGUGGAGAAGUACCGGUUCGGGCAGGUCAUCUGCCAGGACAUCACCCAGUCAGGGAACGCCCUGUUCAUCCGACAGGGUCAUUGUGACGUCCUGCGUCUGGUAGACCUGCCCACCUGUCCCUCCUACUACAAAUGGAUCUGGCAGCACCUGCAGUAUCAGAAACACAGCAAAAUGGAUCACAAGACGCUGGGCUGGGUGAGCGUGCUGGAGCAGAAGCCCCGAGACCCAGACAAGAAGAGGUUUGAGGAAUUCCAGAUCAAAUCGUACCCCGUAAAAGACUUCAGCAACUUGAAGAGCUACAAGCUGAAGCUCUCCGAGACUUAUUCCACGAAGGACGACCCCAGGGCCUGUCACCAUCUGACCCGGAAGUUCGGAGGUCACAGAGAAUUUGGGGAGAUGCUGUUCAGGCCACACGUCCUUCCCAGAAUGAGUCAGAGAGAGUCCUCGUCCCCAACUCCACCCCUCAGGGGGUAUUCCCUCCCUGAGGAACUGUUGGAUGUUCCCGUCGGCGAGCUGGAAUCUUGGGAAUUGCACAGGGAUUCUGGGAAGAGCAGCCUGACCGGGGAAGAUUCUUUCAGCUCUCCACGUAGCCCAUCUAACCAAGACAAGGGCGUCGUAACCACAGAGUUUGGCAAGCUCCCCGUGGAGGCGGCGGUGGGGGCCUAUAUCCGGGUCCAGGGUGUGGAUGAGGGGGAAGUCCUGGGUCUUCAUCAAAUCCUCCUCCCGGAGGGCCUCCAGGACAAGAGACCCCUGAUCCUGGUGAGUCAGGGGGCCGAAGUGAUCCAGCUGAAGAUAAACAAACUGGAGGGCUUCCUGGACAGAGAGACCAACGAGAAGCUGACCCAGAUGCAGAUUCCCUACCCCAGUGAUGAUGAGAUCUGCCAGAGGUUCCUGAGAGAAAACGACUGGAGGAUCUUCCACAGAGACCUGAAGCACCUGCUGGUAAAGCCAGGCGAGACCCACUGCCCUCGCUGCCUCACCGCCGACCACUGUGUGGCCCAGGCCGGGGUGCUCAACCUGCGGGCACCCAAGGGGAGGGCCCGACGACCCUGCUCCAUCUUCAUCUCCACCACCUCUGACCAUCGGGAGCAGCUGCCCCCUCUCCGGCUCAUCCACAGCAUCUCAGCACCCCGUCCCCGCCUCCAGGAGCUCCUGCCUCAGUAUCGACAUCCCGGGAUCCUAAUGGAGAGCUAAUAAAGAGCGGGGGACGGGGCGGAGACGGUCCCCUCGGAAGCCAGA